AUGGCCAGUAUCGAAGGUGCUGCUGUGUCUGCAAUUUUGAAAAUUUUGGCAAACAAGUUAGCUCCAUCGAUGUUGAAGCAGUACAGCUCUAUAGUGGGUGUGACAAUGGAUCUCCAGGAUCUCAAGGGUCGAUUUGAGGAUAUCAGCUCCUGGCUAGAAAAAGCAGGAUGUAAAACAACGGAUAAUGAUCAAUUUUUCAUCAGAAAAUUGAAACACGUCGCAUACGACGUUGAUGAUAUUGUUGAUGAGUUCCAUCUAGAGGCUGAGAAGCAUGAAGCUGAAGUUGCCAACAAUAUUGUGUCAAAAUGUCUCUGCACAAAACCAAAAUCAUAUCUGUUUCAAUUCAAGGCUGCCCUCAAGAUCAAGGCUAUAAAGAAUAGAUUUGAUGCAAUAGUGAAGCAAAGAACUGACUUCAGUGCAAUAGUAAACAGUUUGCCGGAAGGUCAUCCUGUUCCACACAUGAACAGGACUGCCAAGGCAACUCCAAUAGUGCCAAAUGUUGCUGUGGCAUCAAUAAUAUGUGGAAGAGAGCGAGAAAAGCAGGAAAUAAUAUCUAAACUGGUGGACAAAAAUAACCAACAGAUAAUCAAGAUAGUCUCCAUAAUUGGGCUUGGUGGCUCUGGGAAAACUGCCUUGUCUAACCUAGUUUUCGGUGAUGGUAACACCGUAAAGGAUCAUUUUGAAGUAAGAAUAUGGGUUCAUGUGCCCCAAGAAUUUGAUGUCCAACAGCUUAUGAUGAAGAUGUUUGAAGCCAUUACUUAUCAAAAAUCUGAACAUCAUUCCAUACAGAACAUAAUUCAAACUAUAGCAGAUACGUUGACUGGAAAGAGGUAUUUGCUUGUAUUAGAUGAUGUUUGGACUGUGGACCGAAGUCAAUGGGAAGAUUUUAUGUUAUAUAUAAAGAGAGGAGCACCUGGAAGUAGUAUUUUGUUGACAAGUCGCAACAGAAAUGUUGCAGAAGCAGUGGAAUCAACAGAUCUGUCGAAGUUGUCGUCCUUGUCUAAGGAUGAUAGCUGGACAGUGUUCACUCAGAUCAUUGGUGAGGACAUAAAAGGUUUGGACUCUGAAUUAUUGGAAGUUGGGAGAGAGAUUGUGAAUAAAUGUGGUGGGGUGCCACUUGCAAUUAAAGUUCUUGCAAAUGUCCUUCGUGGCAAGACACGUAUAGAACAAUGGAAGGCCGUGAGAGACAGUAAUCUACUAGAUGCUGAGGAUAAAGAGCAUAGAGUAUUAGCAAGCUUGAUGUUGAGCUAUUCCCAUUUACCAUCCCAUCUGAAACGGUGCUUCACAAUAUGUUCAUUGUUUCCUAAAGGCCUUCCGCUCGAUAAACAACAAUUGGUUGACCAAUGGAUUGCUCACAAUGUGAUUAGUUUGACUCAUGGUUACAAUUGCUUGGAGGAUGUUGGCGACGAGUGCUUCAAUUCACUUGUGCAAGUUUCUUUUCUCCAGGAUGUGAAGGAAUAUUUUGGGAGAGUGUGUUGCGAGAUGCAUGAUUUGCUUCAUGAUCUUGCCUACAUUUAUCUUUGCCAGUGCAUGGAGCUUGCAGCCUUGUCAAAUUCUAUUGGUAGAAAUAAAAAGCUAAGAGUUCUUAAACUAGAUCAUACCAAGAUUAAGGAGCUACCACUAGUAGAGCUACCUAAAGAAAUUAACAACUUGGAGAAGCUUCAAGUUUUGAACUUGGAAAAUCGUGGGGAACUGGUAAAUCUACCUGAAGGCACUAGCAAGUUGGAGAAGCUUCAAGUUUUGAACCUCGAAGGCUGUAGGAAGCUGGUAGAGCUGCCUGAUGGCAUUGUCAAGUUUGAGAGGCUUCAAGUUUUGAACCUGAAAGAUUGUGAAGAAUUGAGAGGGAUGCCUAUAGGCAUUGGACAAUUCAGCAGUCAACUACAAAAGUUGCCCUUAUUUGUUGUGGGUAACGGUAAAAGUUUGCUGGAAUAUCAGAGCUCGCAAAUGUAGGUAGGAAUAGUGAAGGUCUAAUUAUCAGAGGUAUUUCACAUGUGUUGGAGAAAGAUGAUGCACAUAAGGCAUGCUUGAAAGAGAAGACAAAUUUACAGAGGUUGAAGCUAGAAUGGAAGAUGCGUCAGAAAGGUGAGGUGAACACUGAGUUUUUCUUUAAUGAAAAGGUGGACACUAUGUUGGAGGAGGCUGUACUUGAUGGCCUAGAACCGCCAGCUGGGAUUAAAGAGCUAGAAAUUUGUGGGUACUCAGGCGAGAAAUAUGCAUGGUGGAUGCAGAAUCAGGUUGUUGGUACUGAAGUAAAGGGGCAAGCUUGCUUCCAAUUUUUGAGGGCGAUGAAGCUAUCUGAUUUCCAAGGAUUGAAGCAUCUACAAGGGCUUGUGGAACUUCCUUGUCUGGAGGAGCUUGAGCUGCACAAGAUGCCUUCUCUUGAGAGCAUAAGCUGUGGCCCAUUUCCUUCACUGGUGAAGUUAUUAAUGGAUGAUCUACCUAGAUUGGAAGAAGUGUGGUUGGUAGCAGAGAGGACCAUGUCUGAUGGAGAAGAGGGAGGAAACUGCAGCAAUUGUGCACCUCACUCGGGACAGGUCCGAGUUGGUAAUUGCUUGACAUGUCUGAAUAUAUCA